AUGCAGAAGAACCUUGUUGCACUGUUGGUCCUUGCCAGUGCCGCGAACGCGGCGGCAUCAUUGAAGGACAUCAAACAUGUCAUCAUGCUGAUGAUGGAGAACCGCUCGUUUCAGCACUACUUUGGUACUAUGUCAGGAGUGCGAGGCUUUGCGGAUCCAAACGUCCAGAUCAACCCUGACGGCAAAUCGGUUUGGUACCAGAACCUCACUGGCGUUACCACCAAGGCUGACUACCUCCUCCCUUACUGGUUGAACUACCUUGGAGGAGAGGAGAACUACAAUAAGAGUCAGUGUCUCUGCGCCGGUGCCAACAACUGGAUUCCUACCCACCGAUCUUUCAAUGGUGGCCUCAACAAUGCUUGGGCGCAGGUUUCGACUCCCCAGUCUUGGGGUUACUUUAAGCGUCAGGAAAUUCCGUAUCACUUUGCGUUGGCUGAAUCUUAUACUGUUGCCGAUCAUUAUCAUAUGGUUCUGGCAGCCUGCUCUGGUCCUAACCUUGACUGUCUCCCAUUGAAGUGGCCCGCCUUCUCCCAGUAUCUCGACGAAGCCGGCGUGGACUGGCGCUCAUACCAAAACUCCUACAACUGGGCCACCAACAACGGUCUCUUCUAUUUUGAGGCCUUCCAAAACGCACCCACCAAUUCUACCCUGUACGAACGUGGCCUUGCCUUUGACGGUGAAAACGGUCUUGAUGCAUUUAAGGAGGCCGCUGCUGCUGGAACCUUGCCUGAAGUCAGCUGGGUGUUCCCUCCUGGUGCGCUUCAGGAGCAUUCGCCUAACACCCCUCUUGAUGCGUCAUGGUUUAUUAAUCAAGUUGUUGGGUCUGCUAUUAACGGUAAAGAUCGAAAUGAGACUGUUAUUCUCCUCAACUACGAUGAGGGCGGUGGCUGGGGUGACGCUGUUAUGCCCCUUAUCUCUCCCAAUGGCACCGCUGGUGAAUGGUUUGAGGAUCCUCAUGGAACUUUGGGCUACACCUUUUCUGGUCCUGGGGUCCGUAUCCCCCUCAUGAUCAUCUCUCCAUUCACUCGUGGUGGUCACGUCUUCAAUGAACGUUCGGAUCACUCGUCCAUCAUUCAAUUCCUCGAGCAAUACCUCACCGCCAGAGGUUACAAGAACAUUGUCAAACCCCAACUAAACGAAUGGCGCCGCGAGCACAUGUCCGACCUUGUCAACGCCUUUAAUUUUGAGAACCCAGACUACAGCAUCCCUAUCAUCCCCACCCCAAACACGCCCAUGGCCAACUCCGCCGGACAACUAAUCGGCAUGUACAGUGGUUUCUGCCACGUCGAAUGGACGGGCUCCUGCUCCGGAAGCCAAUACAUCUCCGGCAUCCCCUACGGUAACCAAACUGAAGAAGACUCCCUCUACUUCGAGGACGGCUUCAAAGGUAUUCGCGGCUACAUGACUGAGGGCCACUAUCUCGUAUUUGAGUACAAAGGCUACGCUCUGACCAACGACGGCGGAAACAGCCAGUCUUUGAGCACUAGCAAGGCUUCUUCAAGCCAUAAUGCGAAGAGUCAGAGAUGGGUUCUCAAGGCUCUUACCGAGGAGGGAACUACGUUCAAUAUUUACAGUGCUGUGGAUGGCAGAUACCUCACUACUGGAAGCGAAUUCACCAACUCGGCCAAGGAUGCGCAUACGUAUAAUAUUACGUACCUGGGAAGUGGUGAGUAUGCUAUUCAGACUGCUAAUGGGGUAUAUUUGGAGAUCAAUGGUGCGGGUAAGCUUAUGUACUCCAAGAAACCUAUUGGUUUCAGCGUGUACAGUGUUACCUACUAUAACUAG